UCACGCUGUGUGCAUUUACAAGUCAGACGCGGUGUCCUGCUGUACAGGAGGGAGAAUAUUUUUUUGCUCUAUGAGCUUUGAUUAAAACAAACAGCCUUUCCGCGAGCAGAUGUGUGCUCAUGUUUUGAAUGGCGACGACUAUUCCGACUGAUGAAGCAGUUUGACACAUUAUCACGGGAUAUUUUUUUUGGUCACACAUGCGGGAGAAUCGUCCUACAUUUGGUGUGGGAGCAGGCACGCUGACAACCUGUGGAUUCCAGCAGCGAGACAAACGCGUCCAGAGUGCAGCUGAUCUGCUGUGUGCCGUGCACGCUGGGUAAUUGUGGAAAUUUGUGAUCCGGUGAUUAAGAAUCGUGUGAAGGGUGUAACGCCGGUCCAGGAAAUGCCAGAGUGUGUUUGACCAAAGAAGAUGCCGCCCCUCUUUAAUGAAAACACAGAGCAGCUCCAUGAUCCCCCACGAGAAGCAUGGUGAACUGUGGCAUUUCAGACUCGGCGACACAAAGAUCAAGACGUUGAGAGAAAAUGAAGAGGUGCACCUUUCCUGACUUAACCUUUUUCUGACUCUUUUUUUUUUUUUGCCAGCCUUACACCUUGGGACCUACGGGAGAAAGACAACUAGCGAUAAUAAUCGCCUGAUGCAACACUUUCAGAAACUGACAAGCUAAAGAAAUAUCCAGUUAUUGCCUAGAGCUGUCACACACACUGGCUGCAGCUGUACCACAAAAAGAAGGAGUGGAAUUAGUCACCGGGUAUGGGAUGUGACAUUCAGAGCGCUAAGUUGUUCCCUGGAUGUCAGAACCCCAGGAACAAAUGAGCAGCAGUGGAUUUGGCAGCAGCUCCAGCUUGCUCCGGGGCCGGCGUUUUUAUUGCCGGGAAUGGGCCCUGGACAAGCUGCGUCGCUGCCUGGACGCCCACUCAGGGCCCGGGCAAGCUCCAGGGGUCCUGGUAACGGGGGGACCUGGUGCCGGGAAGACAGCUCUGUGCACCGAGGUGGUGUCCCCCACCUCAAAGGCAGGGCUGGCGGUUGGGUUGGCACAGCGUUGCCUUGCGGCCCACUUCUGCCAGAGGGAGGACCAGAGGAGUACAGUGCUGUGGAGGUUCGUCCUGGGCUUGGUGGAACAGCUGAGGGCCUCUCCUCUCCUCUCUCCAGGGUACGAAGAGCUCCUCAACAGCCCAUCUGUAUCCUCUGCCCUGGAGCCUCUCACGUGUCAAAGAGACCCUAAUGAGACCUUCAAGAGAGCAGUGUUGGAACCCCUGUCGGACCUUCCUCCUCCUGCCCAGACUCUGAUGGUGGUUAUAGACUCCCUGGACAUAGAAUAUGGACCAAGGGAAGGAGUUAGGAAGAGUGGCUCCAUUGCAGAGCUUUUAGCCUCCAGUCAACACCUGCUGCCCAGCUGGUUGCUGCUCGUCUGCUCGGUCCGCCGCCAAAACAAGGCCCUGUGCAAGAUGUUCUCAAGUUUUCGUAAACUCUGUCUGGAUGAUCUGCGGAAGCCUCCAGCAGUCCGUGACGUACAGCAGUACAUCCUCUGUCGGCUGGAUAAAGAAGCAGCGCUUCGUCGACAGCUCACCCCUGAUACCGCCGAUAUGCUGAAUCUUCUGCACAUCAAAAGCGGUGGCUGCUUUCUCUUUCUUGAGCGUGUUCUGGACGGUGUGGCAGCUUCGCUGGUGGGUCUGCGAGAGAUCCGGGACAUCCCCGGGACUCUCAACGGACUCUACCUCUGGCUGUGCCAGAGAUUGUUCCCCCGAGGGCGCUUCAUCUACAUAAGGCCUCUCCUCAAUGCCCUCUUGGCUGCCCCGAGGCCCCUAACACUCCAGCAGCUAUUCACGGCAGUCUGGACUCAGGACACCUUAUUAAGUCUUCAGGACUUUGAGAACAAACUCCAAACCCUCUCUGCGCUCCUAAUCGAUGGACCCGGAGGCACCAAACUACUUUUUCAUGCAAGCUUUACAGAGUGGCUGACAGAUGUCAAGUACUGCACACAGAAAUAUCUGUGUAGCAGAACAGAAGGUCAUAGCAUGCUUGCAUCAUCUCUGACUCUACAGGGACCUAACCUGGACGUUGAGCAAACUUGCCAACUAGCCACACACUUAAUUUGCUCAGGGCACCAUAAAGAUAAACCUGCAUUUUUGGCACUGUGGAUGCUGUGGGCAGGUGUACGUGCUCUUAACCCCACCUGCAGUAAAGCACUUGCAACAUGCUUAGCUCAGCUUCCUGUUUCAGUGAGUCAGGAAGUUGCUCAAUUGCUGAUGAGAAGUGGACUCGUCUCUCCAACCUUUUUUUCUGGAGCAGACCCAAGUGAUGCAAUGCAUAGUGUAGGUGAAGAAGGAAUUGGUGUGCAACAGACGCUUGAAAGGGAGACAUCUAUAAAGAACCUGCUUGCCAGUGGCAUGUCUGUAAACCAGCCUGGUUCUACAGAUGGACAGACUCUGCUUGCUAGUGCAGCCCACGAGGGUUCUGCAAAUUUAGCUAAACUUCUCCUCUCACAUGGCUCUGAUCCACUGAUCAGUGAUCAUCAGGGUCAAACGCCACUGACUUUAGCCUCCAGGCAGGGUCAUGUCAAAGUGUUGUCUGAACUCCUGGAGUGGGCCAAGAGCCAAGACCCAAAAACUGCAGUACAGAUGAUGGAGCAUGUUGACAAUGAAGGAUGGACAGCGUUGCGCUCCGCAGCUUGGGGUGGACAUGCUGAGGCUGUCCGUCUACUGCUGGAUGCAGGAGCAGAUGUAGAUGGAUGUGACAGCGAGGGCCGGACUGCUCUCAGAGCUGCUGCGUGGGGCGGUCAUGAUGAAAUUGUUCUCACACUACUGGACUAUGGGGCUCAGGUUGACAAAGCUGAUAGCAAGGACCGCACGCCACUUAUCGCAGCUGCCUAUAUGGGACAUCAUGAAGCAGUGGCAAUAUUGUUGGACCACAAUGCACGAGUUGAUUUGGCUGACGGAGAUGGGCGCACUGCUCUGUCAGUUGCAGCCCUCUGUGUCCCUACAGCAGCAGGGGUCAAAGGUUUUGGAGAGGUAGCAAGUCUGUUACUGGAGCGUGGAGCUGAUCCAGGGCACAGAGACCAUGAUGGAAUGACACCGCUUCUUCUUGCAUCCUAUGAGGGCCAUGAAGAUGUAGUCGAGCUUUUGUUGGAAGCUGGUGCUGACGUAGAUGAAACUGCUGGACCUGACGGCAGUGUGCCUGCUGCUGCUGCUGUUACUCCCCUCCUGGCAGCAGCAGCAAUGGGACACAUGAAGACCGUGUCACGGCUGCUUUUCUGGGGAGCGGCUGUGGAUGCCAUUGAUUGUGAAGGCAGGACGGCACUAUGUCUAGCAGCAGCCAGAGGGAGCGUUGAGGUUGUCCGUACAUUGCUGGACCGAGGCCUGGAUGAGAACCAUAAAGAUGAUCUUGGCUGGACUCCAUUGCACGCUGCUGCGUGUGAAGGACAUCGUGCAGUUUGUGCCGUUUUGACAGAAGAAGGCAGCAUGGCACGAGUUGGAGAGAUGGACAUCGAGGGACGCACUCCCCUUAUACUAGCUGCCCAAGAAGGUCAUUGGAGCACUGCCAAACUACUAUUAGACAGACGGUCCCCCAUUGACCACAGAGCCUAUGAUGGGCAUUCUGCCUUGAGUGCUGCUCUCCUGGAGGGCCAUGCUGAUGUUGCAGAGCUGCUUAUGAAGCGAGGGGCUGAUACUGAUGUCCGGGAUGCAGAAGGGCGUCCUUUGCUCUACCUACUAGUAUUGGAGGGUCGCCUUGAUAUGGCUACUCUCCUAAUUGAAAAAGGGGGUGUUCCUCUGGAGUCUAGAGACUCUGAGGGCCGUACAGCGCUUCAUGUGGCUUCCUGGCAAGGAUGUGUAGAGAUUGUAGACCUACUUUUAAGACACGGGGCGAACCCCAAUGCACAGGAUGCAGAAGGGAGACCACCAAUACAUUCAGUGGCUUGGACAGGACACGCUAAAGUAGGACAUCGCCUCCUAGAAGCCAGUGGCAUCAAUAUAAACCUUGCUUGCCAUCAGGGGGCAACAGCUCUGAGCAUCGCUGCCCAGGAGGGACAUGCUAACAUCGUUGCAAUGCUUCUAGAAAGAGGCUCAAAUCCCAAUCACAUGGAUAAAUAUGGCCGCAGUCCGGUCAAAGUGGCUGGGAAACAUGGACACUAUAACAUUGUCAGGAUGUUGGAGAGCUAUGGAGCCAAGCCAUAUCUAGGUGUGUUGCCUAACUCUAGUACUGUAUCCCCUUCAAAAUCCAACAUGAUCCCGUCUUUAGGAAUCUCAGAAAGUAGUGGAGGUGAAGUAACUGUUGCAACCUCGUCGUCCUCAGUUUCUUCUCCAGGCUCCACUGCAGAACGAUUCCACUCCAUGCAGAGCUCCCAAACCUCAUCGACCUGCCACUCACUGGCCACGGUGCAGACGGUGCCAGCUGACAGCCUCAGCUUUAUACAGCAAAUCCAACAGCACUCACUGCCCCGCAGUCGUAGCCGUAAUUCCACCCUCCCUCCACCAGGGGGCUCAGGCAUAGGCAGUCUCCACGGAAGCAGUAAGAGGCAACCCAAAGGCAGCCCUCCCCCUACUGUGUGCACAGUCACUGCCAUGGUGCAUAAUUAUGAUUUGCCUCAGAAAGGCCUAUCAUCUGGACUUGAAUAUCAUGACAAAAUAAACAAACAAAGCUCAAAUUUAAUAAAAACAGAGAGGACUAAUUACACAGGUGGUAAAUGGAACUCUGUAAUGGCUUCACUUGGGAUAAUGCCAGGACAGGACCAACCGCUAGGUGCUAAAAACCGAGAGACCCCUCCUCUCGGAUACCCGUACAGGCUUCAGAGCCCACUUCAAGAGCAAACUUGGGAUUCUAAACCCCAGAAGAACAUUUUGUCACCGGUUUGCUACAGCUUUUCCCCCGUCCCACCUUGUAGUGCCUUGCCAGAUGAUGUAAUGGUCACUAUGACAACCACAGACCCACAGCUUAAUCUCAAACGGGCCAUCAAACUGCAAUUUGAGGGUCCCACCAGUGUAGCCUUACACAAGAGAGAGACGCCUCUGUGACUGGUACGCAAGUGGAGUAGGACAUUUUUGGAUGCUCAAGGAGAUGUCAGUUCUUUUUGGCAGUGAUUCACUGGGUUCAAAUGAGAGGAAAUCAUUCCUUUUUUCAGCAUCCUUUCAGAAAACCAGAGGAAGAAGAGACUGAA